UAAUGGAAAGAGUCUGCUAGUGAUGUGAUGGACGUGUUAACUACUGAUGAAAAUUAAUCUCAUUUGUGAAAUGCCAACUUCUCCGGCGUGGGGCGUGCGCAAGACUGGCACAGCAUGAUGGUAAGGACUAUGCCGUGCUAUGCGAACCAAUGAAACUGAAGGCGGAGAGGUGUCCAUGGGAUGGAAUUUGCCAGCAUGGAGACCCCACGCUCUCUGGGCCAGAUCUACCGAGAGUACCACAACAACAAUGUGAUUUCUUUGCACUACAACUACACAGGCAAGCUCCAUGGCAGCAAAUACAAGGGCAGUCUCAAGGCGGAUGCCAUUGUGUUCCUGGUGGUGUGCGCCUUCAUUGUGGUGGAGAACCUCGUGGUCCUGCUGGCUAUCUGGAGGAACAAGAAGUUUCACUUGCCCAUGUACUACCUGAUUGGGAACUUGACCCUGUCGGACCUGCUUGCUGGCGUGGCCUACACUGCCAAUAUCGUCAUGUCCGGGCCCAACACCCUUAAGCUCACCCCUGUGCAGUGGUUUCUGCGGGAAGGUGGGGUCUUUGUCACGCUGGCUGCCUCUGUCCUCAGCCUCCUUGCAAUUGCCAUCGAGCGCCAUGUCACGAUGGUCCGCAUGAGACUCUACCACGGGGACAAGAAAGGGCGGAUGUUCCUGCUGGUGGGGGCCAGCUGGCUGGCCUCCAUCUUGCUCGGGGUGCUGCCGAUCCUGGGCUGGAACUGCAUCGAAAACCUCCCCGAGUGUUCCACGCUGUUGCCCCUCUAUUCUAAACAUUACGUCCUCUUCUGCAUCACUGUUUUCCUGGCCAUCCUGGUCUCCAUUGUGGUGCUCUAUGCCCGCAUCUACCGCAUGGUCAAGUUCAAUGGGCAGCGGCUGGGUAGCCUCCGCAAAGGCAUGCUCAAGAAGUCCCAGAAGUAUAUGGCCCUGCUGAAGACGGUGACCAUCGUGGUGGGCACUUUCAUUGCCUGCUGGCUACCCCUCUUCCUCCUCCUGUUGUUGGACGUUGCCUGCCAAGCCCAGGCCUGCAGCGUGCUCUACAAAGCAGACUAUUUCCUGGCCCUGGCGAUGAUUAACUCCCUCCUGAAUCCCAUCAUUUACACCCUGACCAGUAAGGACAUGAGACGGGCCAUUCUCAAGUUGCUCUGCUGCUUGCUGGUGGUCACUCCCGGCACGGAGGAGAGCCGGGCCAAGCGCUUUGGUCUCCCUAUACUGGAGGGCAGCACCAGCAAAUCAGAGCGCUCGUCGCACCAGCAGGAGGGGCCUAAUGUUAGCAUGUCACUUGGGAACAGCACCCCCAAAGCAAUCAAGGCAAUGGUGCUGAAGGCCGUCUACUGAAGGCCUUUGGUUAUCUUGCCCCAGCGGCCAGUAGUGGGGUAUGAGUGGCCAGGGGUCAAGCAGGGGGCUACGGGUUCAAGUCCCAGCAGAGUGGGAUCAGGCCCUGAAUGGAAAUGCUGCGGCAGAUCUUGGGAGGAAACCUAGGCAGGGCUAGCAGGUAAACCAGGAGACUUGAGGAGCGGACAAGGAAGCAGGGGUGUCCUAGUACUUGGCACCCAAACCAAAUCUGGUUCUUGCCCAGGCAAAGACUGAUUUGGAACCCUGGUAGCUGGGCCAAGCUGCCUUGGUGGCUGGAUCUUAUUGAGCACCUAGAAUGAUAACAAAAUCCAGUUACUUCCAUCCUGUAGCCUAAAGUAGUUCAUCACAAGAUCAGGAGGCCCACCCUUCUAGUCCUUGCUGCUCCUGUGCAAAAUCAAGGCCCCCAAAUCCAUAGAAACUACCCUUCCCUCCACCAAGGUCUUGCUAGAACUAGAGUGCCCUGGAGAGAUAUGAAGAUAGAGAUAGGCAAGAGCUCUUUUGGAGAACAUCAGUGGCUUCUUUUUGAAAGAAAACACCACCUUUGUGCCGUUUUCUCUCUCUGUGAUGCUGACGCCAACCUGCCCGUUUCUACAGUAUGUCCCAGCCUCCACCCCCAGGGGCUGGUCCUCCUAAUACCUUCAUACUGAUCACUUAGUCCUUCAUGAUGCUGAUAAAAAGUGGUGGAAAGACAGAUCUAAUUCAUUAUAGUGCUAUUGAGGGCCGAGACUAACCGAGCCUGGAAUCCAGACCCCAUGAAAUGGUGGUCUACUUGUACAUGUAUAGGUUCAGUGUCUUUAGACAGACAUACAAGUGCACUGCAUAUCCUUGUAUGUGAGCUUAUGUUGAUGAUGCCAUUAAAUUAUGUCUCUUUGGGCCAAAAACUGAUCCC